AUGACGAUAAUGAAUUGGAUCUGGACUCCCGCUACCAAUGGGAAAGUGAUCAUAGAUACAACAGCAGGGGAGAUAGAAGUCGAGCUGUGGGGUAAAGAAUGUCCGAAAGCUGUGCGAAAUUUCCUUGCACUCUCUAUGGAAGGAUACUAUGAUGGAGUUAUCUUCCAUAGAGUCGUUCCGGGUUUCAUCAUACAAUCUGGUGAUCCAACGGGCACAGGCAUGGGAGGAGAGAGUUUCUAUGGUGAACCAUUCCAAGAUGAGAUACAUCCUAGAUUACGAUUCAACAGACGAGGUUUGAUGGGUAUGGCCAAUAACAGUAAACGACAUACCAACACUUCCCAAUUCUUCUUCACGUUGGACAAAGCAGAGGAAUUGACCAAUAAACAUACCUUGUUUGGGAAGAUUGUUGGAAAUACGAUAUAUAAUGUGAUGAGUAUCGGCAAUUUAGAUGUUGAUGCAGAAGAAAGACCAUUAGUACCCCCAAAGAUACGAGGUAUAAGGAUAAUAGAGAACCCCUUUGACGAUAUCGUACCUCGUAUAACUGCUUCUGAGAGAAGAGCUCAACAGCAAGCUAGGUUGGAAGCUAAGAAGGAGAUGGAGUUUAGGGAGAAGAGAGCAAAGGCGAAAAAGAAUACUGGUUUGCUGUCAUUUGGUGAUUCGGAAGAGAUACCUGAUACGGACAUUAAGGUGAAGAAGAAGGGAAUGACCAGACAGGAUUUGCUGGAUCCAGCUGAGAGUGCUCCUUCCAAACCUGCAGAAUCUUAUGUAAAGGUACCGGAUUCGCUUAAGGAUCUUGGCGAUUCUAGUAAAAAGGAGAAGGAGAAAAAGGCUGCCGUCGAUCUCAAAGCUAUUCGAGAACAGCAUGAAAGGGAAAAGGCAGGAAGCAGUGCUUCGCGUCAAGCUGAGAUCAAGCGGAUGGAAGAAGAUCUACGUCGGUUGAAGAAACGUACAGGUGAUGCGUCAGAUUCUGAUUCAGACGAAGGACGUUCGAAACGGCAUAAAGGGCCUUCGGUAUUGGAACAAGAAUUGGCCAAGUAUUCUAAGAACAGGGGAAGAGCCGCUGCGAAACAUGGUAACAAGAGGGGAAGGAGGGACGAGGAAGAUGAUAUAUUAAAGGAGAUGAGUAGGUUCAGUAGUAAAGUAGCUAAAGCUGCACCGGAAGAGGAUGAAGAACCGACGACAAGACCUACGGAAGAAUAUGAACAAGCCGGAGAGGAUGAUCUGGAAGUGGACGACGAUGUAGGAUGGAUGAAGCAUAGUCUGAAGUUCUUGGUGGAUGAGAAGGAAUUGACGAGAAGGGCAGAAGAAGAGUACUCGGUGAUCGACCCUCGAGCGAAAGCCAGACAGCUUGCUGAAGAUUCACGUAGGGAGAAGGAAGGACAUAGGAAGGGAAUGCGGACUGCUGCUGAUGUUGGUAGAAGGAGGUAG